AUGAAGACCGUCGCGAACGGCGGCGAGAUGCAAAGCGAGACGACGACUAUCCAAGCUCUCGACGACGUGACGACGACCGCCGAAGCUCCCGACGGGAUAGCCCUCAACGAAAGUCCUCUCGCAGCCCUCGGCGUCAUCGCAGAGACCGAUCUACAAGCUCAGCUGGUGACCGGCGCAGACGCAGACAUUCGCGCAGUCCCCGAAGAGAGCGCAGAGAACGGUCAACCAGUUCCGCUGCAGAAGACCGCCGCAGACACAGACACCGAAGUCACCGACAUCGUGAUAGCCGCGGAGACGAAGAACGAUCCUCUAAGAGACGCCCACGAUCCCGAUCUCGCUCCCCGCGACCAUCGCGCAGCUCCCCACCGCGUGCGCUACAACGCAGUGGCCCGCUACCUUCACAAUCAGAUGCUUUCACCGGCACCUGCCCCCGAGAAACAGAAGCCCAACUUCAACUCUACCGGCAGGUUGGCUGCAGAGAGCAAUACAAUUCAGGUCCAAGGUGGAGAAGGAAUCGUCUUAAAAUACCAUGAGCCUCCAGAGGCGCGCAAACCUCCAGCCAAAGAAGCUUGGCGUAUGUAUGUCUUCAAGGGAGAAGAUCUACUGGAAACUGUGGAAUUGCUGGAACGCAGUUGCUGGCUAGUCGGUCGUGAGCGAUCCAUUGUGGAUUUCCCUCUUGACCACCCGAGUUGCUCGAAACAGCAUGCUGUGCUCCAGUUCCGAUUUGUAGAAAAGAAGAACGAAUUUGGUGACCGAAUUGGGAAGGUGAAGCCUUACCUCCUUGACCUGGAGAGCGCCAAUGGCUCUAGCGUCAACGGGGAGGCCAUUCCUGCAGGUCGCUACGUGGAGGUUAUGGACAAGGAUGUGAUACGCUUCGGAUUAAGCUCCCGCGAAUAUGUUCUCAUGCUACCACCUAGCUGA